CAGUGAGCCUCGAUUGGUCACGUGUCGAGAUGGCGUUGCUGGGUGCUGCUGCCUGACGCAGGUUCCCGGGUCCACCGUGGCGGGUCUCUGAGGGAAGGUUUCCAGACUGGCAAGCAGGCACCGACCCCUCUGUGCAGCCGCCAUGGACCUGACUUUAAGCCGGGCUGAUUAUCUCCAGGUGGGAGUGACCUCUCAGAAGACCAUGAAGUUGCUACCUGCCUCAAAACAAAAAGCUACACAAAAGGUGGUUGUUGGAGAUCAAGAUGGGGUCGUGAUGUGCUUUGGCAUGAAGAAAGGAGAGGCGGUGCCAGUCUUCAAGACUUUACCAGGGCAGAAGAUUUCGAGGCUGGAACUAGGAGGGGUUCUCAACACGCCCCAGGAGAAAAUCUUCCUUGCUGCAGGGUCUGAGAUCAGAGGCUUCACAAAGAGAGGAAAACAGUUUCUCUCCUUUGAGACAAACCUCACUGAAAGCAUUAAAGCUAUGUACAUAUCUGGCUCUGACCUCUUUCUCAGUGCAAGCUACAUCUAUAAUCAUUACUGUGAUUGCAAAGACCAACAUUAUUACCUUUCUGGGGACAAAAUCAAUGAUGUCAUCUGCCUUCCUGUGGAAAGGUUAUCUCGAAUGAUGCCGGUGUUGGCCUGCCAGGACAGGGUGCUCCGAGUUUUACAGGGAUCUGAUGUGAUGUAUGAAAUUGAAGUACCUGGUCCACCCACCGUCUUAGCUCUACAUAAUGGAGAUGGCGGUGACUCCGGAGAAGGUCUUCUGUUUGGCACAUCGGAUGGAAAGCUCGGGCUUAUUCAAAUCACCAUAUCCAAGCCAAUACACAAAUGGGAAAUUCGAAAUGACAAAAAGCGGGGAGGUAUCUUGUGUAUUGACAGCUUUGAUAUCAUGGGUGAUGGGGUUAAAGAUUUGCUUGUUGGGAGAGAUGAUGGAAUGGUGGAAGUGUAUAGUUUUGAGAAUGCAAAUGAACCUGUGCUGCGAUUUGAUCAGAUGUUGUCUGAAAGCAUUACAUCGCUCCAGGGCGGUUGUGUAGGAAAAGAUGGUUAUGAUGAAAUUGUGCUGGCCACGUAUUCAGGCUGGAUUACAGGGCUGACAACAGAGCCCACUCAUAAGGAAAGUGGACCAGGAGAAGAGCUAAAACUUAAUCAGGAAAUGCAGAAUAAAAUUUCCUCUUUACGGAGUGAGUUAGAACAUCUGCAGUUUAAGGUACUGCAGGAAAGAGAAAACUACCAACAGUCUUCACAAUCGAGCAAAGCAAAGUCAACAGUUCCUUCAUUUAGUAUAAAUGACAAGUUUACAUUGAAUAAAGAUGAUGCCAGCUACAGCCUUGUCUUAGAGGUGCAGACUGCAAUAGAUAAUGUCUUAAUACAGAGUGAUGUCCCAAUAGAUCUACUUGAUGUGGAUAAAAAUUCUGCUGUUGUGAGCUUUAGCAGCUGUGACACAGAGUCAAAUGACAACUUUCUUCUUGCCACUUAUCGGUGCCAAGCAAAUACCACCAGGCUGGAGCUCAAGAUUCGCUCAAUUGAAGGCCAGUAUGGCACACUUCAGGCAUAUGUGACUCCGAGGAUUCAGCCAAAAACCUGUCAGGUUCGCCAGUACCACAUCAAACCUCUAUCCCUCCAUCAGAGAACGCACUUUAUUGACCACGACAGACCCAUGAAUACAUUGACUCUAAUAGGCCAGUUCAGCUUUGCUGAAGUUCACUCCUGGGUGGUGUUCUGCCUGCCUGAAGUUCCUGAAAAGCCUCCAGCAGGAGAAUCUGCAACAUUUUACUUUCAGAAUACCUUUCUGGAUACACAACUCGAAUGCGUAUACAGAAAAGGAGAAGGAGUUUUUAAAUCUGACAAUAUUUCUACAAUAUCUAUCCUAAAAGAUGUGCUUUCUAAAGAAGCUACCAAAAGGAAAAUUAAUCUCAACAUAUCAUACGAGAUAAACGAAGUGUCAGUCAAGCAUACUUUAAAGCUAAUCCACCCAAAGCUGGAGUAUCAGUUGCUUCUGGCUAAGAAAGUGCAGUUAAUUGAUGCCUUGAAGGAAUUGCAGGUUCACGAGGGAAAUACGAACUUUCUGAUUCCAGAAUACCGCUGUAUUCUAGAAGAGGCAGAUCAUCUACAAGAAGAGUACAAGAAGCAGCCUGCACAUCUUGAAAGGCUCUAUGGUAUGAUUACUGAUCUUUUCAUAGAUAAAUUCAAGUUCAAAGGCACUAAUGUAAAAACCAAAGUACCCAUUCUACUGGAGAUUCUUGACAGCUAUGACCAGAACACAUUGAUUUCUUUCUUUGAUGCAGCAUGAAAGAUAAACAAGGAUUUGGAAUGGAUUCACACUCCAGUUCUCUCUUACUUGAUGACAUGAUCCUCCUGCAGUUUGUGAAAUAUUUGGCUUAGUGCUGUAGACUAUGGCCAGAGAAGUAAGCAGAACUCAGACAGGGGGGACUCUCAGAUAUAUGUCCUACAUGUAACCAGUUGAGCUUUAAAGUAUCUAAGUGAAGAGUGAUGGCUUCUAAGAUUUUCCUAUACUAGUAUCCAUGAAAUUCCUUUUUAUUAUAUAUUUGGGGGGGGUGAAGAAGACUUUAAGCAACAGAAGUUUUAUUCAUUUACAAGAGAAUAUUGUAUUUAAAGUUUAAAAAUAUUAUAAAGAUAAUGGAAAAUCUCUGUUUCUUGUUUUCAAAGAAGUUAUGAAAUUUUCAGAAAGUGAUAAUUACAUUGUUAUAUUUUACGUGCAAUUCUUAAAUAUUAAAUAAGGCACAUAUGUUGGGUCUUUAAUAAGGUCAUAGUAUUUUUUUCUUAUAUUUUCUGGAAGCUUUCUUGGGACACCCAGGCCCCUGUUUUUCAUAUGAACACUUUUUUUCUUUUUUUGAGACAGCGUCUCACUAUGUAGCUGGGAUUCAAGGUACGUACCACCAUGCACUCUAUUUCUAAAUGUAGUAUCUAUUUGGGUCCGUGGAACUUCGUGGUGUGCUAUUUGUUGGAUGUCACAACCAAGGAUAAACAAAACUAAUUCUUGGAAUACACCAUUUCGUUUAAUGGUUAUCAACAACAGCUUCAGUUGGUAUUCUAAAUUGAUUAAAUCCCUUAUGAGAGGGGAGAAUGGAGUUUACUGGAAUGUUGGGCAUAGUGACACAAGCCUUCAAUCCCAGAACCGGUGAGGCAGUGAGUGACAGGCGGAUGUCUGUGAGUUAUAGGACCAUCCGGACUGCAUUUUUAAACCCUGUCUCAAACAACAACAAACAAAAAAUAUAUACUGGAGAUGUGAUGCAAAAAUAAACAGUAAAAGCAC